AUGGAAGGAAUUGGGUGGAAGACAGCGCAGAUCCGAUUGGUGAGCUCGCACCCAGAGGUAUACGAACCCUGCGACGAUUCCUUCGCCCUCGUCGACGCCCUCCUCGCCGAUCGAACCAACUUGCUGCUCCACCGCCCGGCCAUCUGCCUCGAGGUCGGCUGCGGCAGCGGCUACGUCAUCACUUCCCUAGCCCUAAUGCUCCGCCGCCAGAUCCCCUCCUCCGCCGCCUACUUCCUCGCGACCGACAUCAACCCUCACGCCCUCAGCGUCACCGGGGAGACUCUGGCGGCGCACGGGGUCGAGGCGGAGCUGCUCCUCGCCGACAUCGCGUCGGGACUCGAAGACCGUCUGGCCGGGAAGGUGGAUCUGAUGGUCGUGAACCCGCCCUACGUGCCGACACCCGAGGACGAAGUCGGGGCGCCAGGAAUCGCGGCGGCUUGGGCCGGCGGAGAGAACGGGCGGAGGGUGAUCGAUCGGAUACUGCCGGCGGCGGAUAGGCUGCUGUCGAGCAGGGGAUGGUUGUAUAUGGUGACCCUGACGGCGAAUGACCCUUCGCAGAUUUGCCGAUUGAUGGGGAGGAAAGGGUACGCUUCGAGGAUCGUGGUUCAGAGAUCGACGGAGGAGGAGAACCUUCAGAUCAUCAAAUUCUGGCGGGACGCCGAUGAGGAAUCCGCCGCCUCCUCGCCGACUACGAUUGCCGGGAGAGUGAUCGAGUCCUUGGCUUCACAUUUGCCUCGAUUGUCGUCGUUCCGGGGGACUCAUUAG